GCGGAAUGUCAGAGAAAAAAGUCCAACUGCAAACUCGCCUGCCUAGGUGUGUAGCUCUCACAAAUGGCCUCUUCUAGGGGAAAGGUGGAUCUGGCCUCACCAGAACUUUUCAGGGAAACUUAACUGUCCCCAGUCUACCCCACUGAAUUGAGAGCAUUUUAUGAUUACCAGGUUGAGAAGAACAAGGAUAUUAGCAGGUAUAUACUAUUUCACAGCUGUACCGUCUCGUCACAACCUUGCCAGGAGCCUUGACAUCAAAUCCUUGAUUAUUGUAACCAUGCUUUAAAAUUCCUGGGACCCCAAAUUGUCUGGUUAGCAGAUACUGAAGAGGGCAAUCUGAGUGGUCAGGCCUGGAGAAAAUCCCCCACAAAAUUGCUGAAGAAAUGGCUCUUAUGAAGCUAAGUGACAGGAUGUCUCUGCAGAUGAAGACAGUUGGAAAGGAACAACAGUUUACUAAGAAAAACAAUGGCUUUCUCCAAAAUACGGAUGUGGCUGAAGGUGCAAUGCAGAAUUUGCAGAGGGAAUUUACCAAAAUGGACCGCAUAUUGGACAGAUCAGAUGAUGAGAACAACAUUUUCUCUGAAAAGCCUCAAAGUGACUUCCAUCAUGUGACAGAGACUACAAAAUGGGUAAGGGAAGAUAAUAUGCCGGAGCUGGGUGCUGAGCAUCACCAGGACCUGCAGAACGAGCAGGAUGAGCAAGAAACAAAUCAGGUUCAACAUGAGGAUCCUCAAGUGCCUACAUCUUUGCAGUUUUCAGAGGAGAGCAUCCCUGAACUGAGUCAGGAGAACACGCUCUUCCAGCUAAACCACUGGAAUAUACAGAUGGGUUUACAAGUGAGAGAACUUGGAGCUGAUCACAUAGACUGGAUGGAGAAAAUGAACAAUAUUAUGCAAAAAAUAAACCUAACAGAAAACACAGUGAAGAGCUUAUUAAAUGAGGUGGUGUCCCUGGAGGGCCACAUUGAAAAGCUGGAGUCACAAAAGGACUAUGACCCUGAUAAGGGGGCAAACAUUGAGGAGAAGAUCAUGCAAAUUAAGAAGCAAUUACAAGAAAUGGAUAACAAAUGUGUCCAGGAAGAUGCUUGUAAUGAAGCUCAUGCAUUAAAGGAGAAACUCAUUGCAAGAAUAAAGAACUUUUACAAAGACAUGACUCUGCUGAAUACAAAGCUGGGGAUGUACGAAAAGCAAGAAGGGAAAACAGACUCUCAGAGUCCUGAAGAAAUGGGAGUGGAAGAAAGAGAACCUCUGCAUCCUCAGGCUCCAUCCCCCCCUUUAGGGGAGAAUGCUCCUUCUGGCAUUACAGUGUGGUAACUGGAUUAUCUGGGACGUUUCUUUCUUUCUUUGUGUUUUCUGGAUCUGCCAGAUCGUCUGCCUUAAUCAAGUAUUGCAUGUAUAAUUAAAAAAUAAUAACGCAAGGAUUUAAAGGCAAACAAAAUACAUCGUAGGUACAGCCUAGAAGGAGGAGUCCUUAAAGACUUGAGAAAGCUUCUAUUGCUUUCCAAAGGGUAAGUCAGGUGCCAGG